AUGGACUUCAUUGUGGGUCCUUCACAACCUGCUUUUAUUGAAGGGAGAAAUACCUUAGAUAAUGUCAUUGUAGCUCAUGAACUGAUCAAAGGCUAUAAUAACAAGGGAGUGUCACCUAGGUGCAUAAUUAAGGUGGAUAUCAGAAAAGCAUAUGAUUCUGUUGAGUGGCCUUUUUUAAAAAUGGUUUUGUUGGAGUUUGGGAUUCCAUAUAAGUUAGUUGAGUUGAUAAUGCGUUGUGUGAGCACUGUCAAUUACUCACUGCUGCUGAAUGGAGGACUUACACCUAGUUUCCAAGCCAAGAAGGGGCUGAGAGCUGAUAGCCAUUAUAUACAAAUGAUGCUACAAUGUUUUGAGCAUUUUUCAGAAAUCUCAAGGCUCAAAGCAAAUAUGGAGAAAAGUUGUUUGUAUAUUGCUAGAGUUACACCUGACUUUAUUUCUGAUUUGAUAGAUAAGUUUCACUUCACUGUGGGGGAGAUACCUUUCAAAUAUUUGGGUGUACCAUUAUCUUCUAGAAAGUUGAUUAUUGGUCAGUGUAUGCCACUAGUGGAAAAGAUUGCUGCUAGAGUCAAGAAAGCUUUAGUUUCUUGGGAAACAUUGUGUAAGCCCAAAUCAGCUGGAGGGUUAAACAUACUUGACUUUUACACCUGGAACAAAGCUGCUAUUAGUAAGUUACUCUGGGCAGUAGCCAUGAAGAAAGAUAAGUUUUGGGUUCUUUGGAUACAUAGUUACUAUAUCAAGGGUAAAAGAAUGGAGGACAUGGUUAUUCCAAAACAAUCCAGUUGGAUAGUCAGGAAGAUACUUGCUGCUAGAGGAUGGUUCUCUACAGUGAUUGAAUCUCAGGAACACCUAUUCUUUGAUCGUGGAUAUUCUCAGCACAUAUGUGCAGCUCUUUUACAGUGGGUGGGACUGAACAGACGUAUUGGCCAUUGGCAUAAUGAAGUAGAAUGGUUGGAGAAGAAGGUAAGGAGCAAAAGACCAUGGAAUGCUACACUUGUUUUCCUAUUUGCAGCAACAGUUUAUCAAGUUUAG